AAAUCAAAUCACUUUACAAACAAAAUUAAUUACAAAAAACUAUAACUAAAUUACUAUUAUUUCUGGAACUAAUCGCUUAAUCAUAUAAUCGUUUUAAAAUUAAAUUUAAUUAGUGAUCAAUAUAUCCGUUGACUGACACCACCGAUGACUAAUCAAGAGUACAACAAGAGUAGGACAAUCUCAACACCAACAACAACAACAAGUGAUUUGGUUUUCAACAAUCCAUACAUUUUAGCCAAAAUAGCCGCCCGUUUGGACAUCAGAUCCCUGUCCAAUGUCCAGAGUGUUAACCGUCACUUCUAUAACGCCUCGAACUAUGAAACCGCUAAACGUCGAGACAUUGUCCAUAUCUAUCUGUUGGACGACUACAACGCCAGCGCUAAGACAGUUAGUCCAACGCAUCGGCUUUUCUACUCAUUUCGGGCGUACACUCGUCUGUGGCUAAACACUAAACCCAUGGAAGCGAUAGUAGUAAUCGGUGGCUACAAUCGCAGUCCAGACUAUCGGACACAAACACAACUCAUUGGAAAGUUUGUCGCGAUAUUUGCCGAAACACGUUACAAAAGUCUGACCAAUUGUCACAUCAAUGGAUUCAAUGACUUUGAUCGGACAGCCUAUCCAUGCAUGUCUUCAUUUUUGUUGCCCGAAAUAGACGGCAUCGAAAUCUUCAGAUACCGUGACAUCUAUUCAGUAAUUAUAGACGAGUCGGUAAAUUGUGUCCUAUUGUUUCAGUCGCUAAAACUCAUGAGAAGAAGUGGCGUCACAUAUGGAAAGGCUUUGCGACUGACGUACUCGGCGUUAGAGUCGAUGAUCGCUAAGUUUAGCGAUAACUAUGAACCGUUGUGGCCGUCAAAAGUAUGCAACAAAACUGUCCCGAAGAAGACGAUCUGUGCCAUACACUGGUGCUGACUAUUAGUGGCGAUCGUGUCCGCACCGGUAGCACUGUUAUCUCCACAACAACAAUCAGUUUCGAGCUAUUCUAUGCUCAGCUAAAGACAGGCUUCGACUGCGAUGACAGCCGCCGGUCAACGACUGCCUGCUUUGUGUUUAGCAACCGACGGGCUUUCGGUGACCAACAGUCGCUGGCCCUGCAAUUGUUUUUUGUUUUGUUUUAUCACUUAAUAAUUUG